AAACGUGAAAAAAAAGAAAAAGAAAAAACAAAUAAAAGAAGAGGGAAAAAACGAAAGAACGAACAGGCGCUUCCAGCAAACACCGAGCCUCAAAGAAAGAAAGGGAGGAAUAAAAAGGGGCGAAAUUAGGGUUUCCCGUCUCGCAAUGGGCGUCAUAUCUGUAAGUCUGAGGCAUCUUAUCUAUCCAAUUUCUUUGUUCAUUCGGUAGGUAUCGAUGGUUCUCUUCUGUAUGAAUUCGAACAAUACGAGUUGGGGCGGCAAAGAAUUCAACUGGUUGGUAACCCUAAUCGAUUGAUUUCUCACUUAAGGUUUCAGGGAUUUAGCUGUAUCGAGUUUCAAAAUAAAAGAUCCUGGUGGGCCAAAUUGCGUAUUUGUGGGGUUUCCGGAUUUCGGUUUGGUUCUUCCACAUUUUAUGUUUGGAUGAAAAAUCAUGACAUUUGAUUGCAAUCCGGACAAGAUCGGAGGCUGCUGUUUUCGUUUGUCGACCAUUUCCUUUUUUUAACGGCAUGUUCUGGGCAAUCGCUUCCAUUUGAAGAACGGUUUCUUUGUUCUAGGGUUUCCUUAGGUAUUCUUUUUUUGCUUUGUGGAUCAUAGGUGCGGGGUAAAGGAUAAUGUGUAUACUGUGCGUGGUCCAGAAGUGGUCUCGGCGGGUUGCCACCAUGCUUCCGUGGUUAGUAAUUCCACUUAUUGGACUAUGGGCGCUUUCGCAGUUAUUGCCACCGCCGUUCAGGUUCGAGGUUACGUCUCCGCGGUUGGCUUGUGUCUUGGUUCUCCUGGUUACCCUAUUUUGGUACGAGAUUUUGAUGCCGCAACUUUCAGCUUGGAGGGUGCGUAGGAGCGCUCGUCUCAGAGAGAGAAAGAGGUUUGAAGCUAUAGAGAUGCAAAAGCUCCGUAAGACGGCUACUCGUCGGUGUAGGAAUUGCUCAACCCCUUAUCGGGAUCAGAACCCAGGUGGUGGACGGUUUAUGUGCUCAUACUGCGGUCACAUCUCUAAAAGACCAGUUUUAGACAUGCCAGGGCCUGCUAGACUGGGGAUUGGUAAUUCUGGAAUCGGGAAGAUAUGGAAUGGAAAGGUGUGGCCAGAGAAUGGUUGGAUUUGUGGUCAAGAUUGGCUAGAGAACGGCAGUUGGGUUGGUGGGUCUUUUGCAGGGAAGUCCAGUUAUUGGGGGAAGAAUGGAGGUAGAUACAUCAGUAGUAAUGAUGACCGUUGUUUGGCCGAGAAGUCCUAUUCCGGUGUUGUUGUUUGUGCUUGUAAGAUGUUGGCAUCAUUCUUCUUGAGCAUAAGGUGGCUGUGGAGAAAGAUUUUUAGGGUAAGUUCUCAAAGAGAAGAUACAUCAUUAGAUGCAGAACACAAGGGGAUAUUGUCAAAGAAAGGUGAAAAUGGGGUGAAUUUUCAUGAGAGCAAGGGGGAAAAGGCUAGGAGAAAAGCCGAGGAGAAGAGACAGGCUAGGUUAGAGAGAGAACUUUUAGAGGAGGAAGAAAGAAAGCAGAGGGAAGAAGUUGCAAGGUUAGUGGAAGAACGAAGGAGGCUGAGGGAUGAGAAGAUGGAGGCGGAAAAAGAAUAUAGUAAGGGAUCAGCUCCUGACAGGGGAAAGGAUAGUAAGAGAGAAGCUGAAAGGAAACGACAAGACAGAAAGAAGGAGAAAGACAAAGGAUCUAGUAAAAGCAAUUCAGAUGGGGAGGAGUUGGAAAGGAGGACUGGUAGGGAUAGUGAAAAAAGGCGGGAUUCUGACAAGAAGAAUGAGAUAGAAAGGCUAGAACUUCAGAAAAUGACAACUGAAAGUAUCAGGCUGCAGAGCUCUGAGGUGGGGCAUGGUAUAAAGGUUACAACUGCAAACAAUUUUAAUAGAGGAAGCACUGGGUAUAAGUACUUCGAUCGUGUGAAGGGUUCUUUUCUUUCUUCUUCUAAAGCUUUUAAUGGGGCUAGUUUCUUUGGAAAGGGUACUCAUGCUUCUGCAACUACUGUUUCAAAAACAAACAAAUCCAGUGGUUCUGUUGAUCAUGUCCAAGCUUUUGCCAAUCGUAGGGAGGUAUAUUCGGCUGAACAUACAUCUGGGAAAUUAAACUUCAAUGGAGAUGACAAAACCACUGAUAUUAGUUUCCAGCGUCCUGUGGUUUCAGAACCGCUACAAAGAACAACUCCAAAAAAGUCAUGGCAGCAAUUAUUUACUCGCUCUUCGGCAACUCCUCCAUCAUCCAAUGUGAACGCUAUAAUCAGGCCUAUUCAGAAACCCCAGCCAGAUGUUCGAAGUCCACAGAUGACUGGUCAAGUAUCACCAUCUUAUCCUUUGGCUAAUUCAAUCCAUUUUGGAGUAUCAUCGCCUUUCACUCUUGCUCCUUUUCCAAAUGGUUCAACACAUGCUGGUUCAGUUUCUUCUUCUGCAGCUGAUUUCAUGUUUCCCCUUGUUGGAGAACCAACAAAUGAAUUUAUCCCAGAAGAACCAGAGCUUUUUGAAGAUCCAUGUUAUGUUCCUGAUCCAGAGUCCUUACUUGGGCCAGUUUCAGAGUCACUUGACAAUUUUCCAUUGGACAUAGGGAAUGGGUUUGGAACAGAUUUGGGACUAGAGAAGCCUCGCUCUUUACAGAAUGCUUCUGCCUCUGCUGAUUUUAACAGGCCACCUCCAAUUGAGUCUCCCAUUUCACGAUUACGAGUUGCUGAAGAAAGGCAUGCCACCUCUAAUCAAUUCCCAUGCACUCAAAAGACAUGUGAUCUGCAUAGUCUGCAUAGUUCACCUAUAAAUGAAUCAAGCAAUGGGCAUGAGCAAGGUACAUGGCAAAUGUGGGGCUCACCUCCACUUGGGCAGGAUGGACUCGGUUUGGUAGGUGGAUCUGCAAGCUGGCUCUCACCUCUUGGACAGAGCAAACUGAAUCAGGAAGAUGUCAAGUACCCUUUGCCCCAAAAGCCUAUGGCAACUCAGUUUGCAAAUGAGAACCAUGUGCCCCCUGGCACUCGAUCUCCACAAAAAGCACAUCUUGGGAGUUGCCAGAAUGGUGGAAUAUUUAAUCCUAUAGCUAUUGCUUCAAAUGAUAAUAGCCUGUGGACAAAGAAGAAUGUAUUCCAGCCAUUGCCAGAUAAUGGAGAUGAUCAUUUUCCUCCGCCGAAUCCUGGGGAAGAUAUAUCUCGAAAUGAAAUAACUUACAGUAGUCCAGGAAGAUCAGCAGCCAGCCACCGAUUUGAACUGUCUCCAGCCAAUAGUUGGUCCAAAAGUGAUUGGGCAAUUGGGCAUGGUUCAGGCGAUGGUGUUGGAAACUCAACCUCAGCAAGGACUCACAUUGGGGGCCUAUUUUCGAACCCAGAUGUACAGUCACUUUGGUCAUUUAAUUGAAAAAGGUUAGAAAAAGGGGUGGGUACACUCGACCUCGCGGCUCCCACCUGUUGUGAAAGGCAAGCAGCCUCUUUUGAGGAGAAUGAAGAACUGGUUGCCUUGUACCUCCUUAAAUGAAAAUGAUGGUCACUUACAUUACAUUAGCAUGAGCAGAUAGUUGAAUAGAUGGCAUGCAUGCAUUGGUGCAUCCUCUUCAAUUUUACAUA